GCAGCAUAGAGGUCUUCACUCACCUGUGGGCAGAGCGAGAAGGAACCGUGACAGGGAAGCUCAUCUGGUCAUUGCCUGCUGUGGCACUUGGCAGCCACCAUGUCCUGCAGCGUGAUGACUCAGAAGGGACUGAUGGUGCUGGUGGUUUUGUCCUUCCUAAUGGUGUCCUGGAUAUUUCUGGCAACGUCUUCAGAAUCCACAAAGACGUGGCCCACCGUGAACUUACUCUUCUCUUCACCUAAGCUGGCGGCUCUAGUGAGGCCCUCAGUCCCCACAGCCCCAGGGAGCCCCGUGAGGUCACCCACAGAGACAGAGCUGAGAAUAAAGGGGCUCGUGGAGAGGCUGGACCGGCUCUUCCCGCCCAGACCCUUCAGCCACCUGAACGCCACCACCAGCGCCGCCCAGAGCAGAGCCACCAUCCUCAACCCCCGGGGCACGCACUGCAGGGGGGAGCAGCUGCACGUGCUGCUGGAGGCCAGGGACCACCUGGGCCGCAGGAAGGAGUAUGGAGGGGACUUCCUGAGGGCCCGCCUGGCGUCCCCGGGCCUGAAGGCCGGGGUGGCGGGCAGGGUGACGGACCUGCAGAACGGCUCCUACCUGGUGAGCUUCAGCCUGCCGUGGCAGGGCCGCGCGUGGCUGUCCGUGCGGCUGGUGCACCCCAGCGAGGGGGCCUCGGCCCUGUGGAGGGCCAGGAACCGGGGCUACGACAAGAUCACCUUCCAGGGCCAGUUUGUCAAUGGCUCCAGGCACGUGUUCACCGAGUGCGGCCUGAGGCUGAACUCCACUGCCGAGCUGUGCGAGUACCUGGAAGCUCGGGACCAGGAAGCCUUCUACUGCGUGAAGCCCCCGCACUUUCCCUGCGACGCCUUCGUGAGCAUGUUCUCUCAGAACGGAAACGCGUCUUACCUGACGUCCCAAGAGCAGCUCCUUUUUGCCAGGUCCAACGUGGGAGAGGAGAUGCUGACUCAUCUGUCCUCCGUGCAAGUCUCCAUAUGUGACAAAGCCAGACAGACACGUGCGCAGAGAUGCCGGACUGGAAUGCAGGUCCCCGUGCCCGGCGGUUACGCUCUCCAGGGAAGGUGGACUCCCACGUUCUGCAGCCGGACGGAGUUUGACGCGGCCAGGGCGACCGCCUGCUUGAAAGGGAAGCUCGUCCACCUCCUGGGAGACUCCACCCUGAGGCAGUGGGUCGACUACUUCCCCAAACUCGUCAAAACGCUGAAGCUGUUGGGCUUUCACGGAAACGGAGUCUUUCAGCAUCAUCUGCUCAUGGAUGUGGAGAACGACAUUCAGAUACACUGGAAAAGACACACCUAUCCCUUCGUCACCGUCCGGCUCUACUCCGUGAUAGACGUGGCCUACAUCCCUCGGGAGAUUGACCGGAUCCCUGGCGACAGAGACACGGCGGUCGCCAUCACGCUGGGCCAGCACUUCCGGGCCUUCCCCGUGGAGGUGUUCGCCCGCAGGGUCCUCGCCAUCCGCAGGGCCGUCGAAAGGCUGCUCCUCAGGAGCCCGGGCACGAAGGUGAUCCUGAAGACGGAGAACGUCCGGGAGAUGCACCUGGACGCCGAGAGGUUCAGCGACUUCCACGGCCACGUUCACCUCCUCAUCCUCAAGGAUGUCUUCAGAGACCUCGACGUGGGACUGAUCGACGCCUGGGACAUGACCAUCGCCUUCGACGGCAACUCCGUCCACCCGACCGACGCUGUGAUCGCCGGUCAGGUUGACUUGUUCUUGAAUUACAUCUGUUGAUACACGGCCGUCGGGGCUUCCGCGGGCACUCUGGACGGCGGAGAGCCCCACCGAUCGGGACAGUCCCGUCUGUGCGAGGGGCGGAGAACGCCUGGCGUGAAUGGAUCUGCCCUUUCUGAGAGGACACCUGAGAAGAAACGAACCUGACUGACUGCGUGACGCGCUCCCCCCCCGAGCGACCGAGGGCGUGGGUUUCCGUGCCAGGGGCGGAAGGAGCAGGGUGGUGACAGUUAUAGGAUUCUGAGCACAGCUCGAAGCCCACCCUGGUCAACCGUCAGGGACUCCCUGGCUCCACCCCUGUCCGAUAUGAAUGCCCAGAGGGUGUCCUUAUGGAUAAGUACAGUGGCUUCCGACACUUCACAGGUGGAUACUGUGCUACUGCUGCCCAGCUCCUUGAAGAGACACAAAUCUCCCAAGAUGAAUGGUGAAGCAAAAAAAAAAAAAAAAGAAGAAGGUGGGGUGGUGGGGUGGUGGGGUGGGGAGAAAGGAGGGUCCCCAGAGCUCUUUCCCACUAAGGAAAGAGAGAGGCGGGCUGGGGGUAUGGAUCGACCUGUCAACGCCCAUGUUCAGCGGGGAAGCAAUUACAGAGGCCAGACCUUCCACCUUCUGCAUCCCACAGUGACCUCGGGCCCAUACUCCCAGAGGGUUAAAGAACAGGAAAGCUAUCAGGGGAGGGGAUACGGAGUUCCGGUGGUGGGAAUUGUGUGAACUGUGCUCCUCUUAUCCUAUGGUUUUGUCAGUGUUUCCUUUUUAUGGUUAGAGAUUUCUUUAAAAAGAAGUAAAAAUAUUUUUUGCGAGAUUCUUUGCCGGCGCUACAAAUCCACUGCUCCUGGCAGACAUUUCUCCUUUUGUCUCCCAACCCCCUUUGCAUUUACUUGGCUAGGACAGAAGAAUUAAGAGGGGAAGAUGAAAAUUUUUAGAUUCUGUUUGUUUAAGGAAGAAAAAAUAAUAAACGUGACUGAAAAGCAAGUAGGUGUCACAGAAUACUUUCUGUCCCUAAAAGAUGGAAGAGGCCAGAGAA